AUGGCUCCUAUGCGCGCCGUCGAUAUCCACGGAGGCAAAGGCCCCAUUUCCGCCAUGUUCAUCAAUGCCGAAACCCCCAAGCCAGUUCCCGCUGGAGGCCAGGCCCUGAUCAAAGUGAAAGCCUUUGGCCUCAAUCGCAUGGACCUCCUGCAGCGAGAAGGUCAAUAUCCACUACCACCACAGGCUCCCAAAACAAUGGGUGUCGAGUUCUCCGGCACCAUCGAGUCCUUCGGCAACCAGCCCGAGCGUGGGUUCCAGGUCGGGGACGAAGUCUUUGGACUCGCCUACGGAGGCGCAUAUGCCGAGUACAUCGCCGUCAGCACGCACAUGCUGGUGCGCAAGCCGAAGGAACUGAGCUGGGAGGAAGCUGCGGGCAUCCCGGAGACGUGGAUCACUGCCACGCAAGCAUUGUAUUUGGUCGGCGAGUUCAAGCCUGGCAUGAGCGUCCUGUGGCACGCGGGUGCCUCUAGCGUGAGUAUCGCUGGCAUACAGCUGUCCAAGGCUGACAGCGCAUCCGCCAUUUACGUAACGGCCAGUUCGCGUGAUAAGAUCGACUUCUGCAAAUCUAUCGGCGCAACUGAGGGCUUCAGCUACAAGGAAGGUGACUGGGCGCAGGCUCUCCUCAAAUACACGCACGGCAAAGGCGUGGAUUUGAUCAUCGACUUCGUCGGCGCCAGUUAUUUCAAUCAGAACCUUGACGCUGCAGCGCGGGAUGCGCAUAUCGUCAGCUUGGGCGCGCUGGGCGGAGGUGUCGUUAAGGGCGACGUCGACAUCAGCAGGUUCCUGAGAAAGAGGCUCCGGUUUGAGGGUAGUAGUCUGCGCAGUCGCGACGAGACGUAUCAGGGACGAUUGAGGGAUAUGCUCGUUGAACAUGCGUUGCCGAGGUUCAUUGAUGGGUCUUUCAAGGUCAUUGUCGAGAGGGUCUUUAAGAUGGACGACAUCCAGGAGGCGCACAAGUUGCUGGAAUCGAAUCAGACUAUGGGCAAGUUGAUAUGUACUGUGGAUUAA